AUGUCGAAAAUGUGGGAGGUAGAUCCGGAGACGAAGGCGAAGCUCCUCCAAAUCUCCAAAACCAAUGGAAACGACAAAUGCUGCGACUGCGGCGCGCCAUCGCCUCAAUGGGCCUCCCCUAAAUUCGGAAUAUUCAUCUGUCUCAAUUGCGCAGGCACUCACCGGGGCCUGGGUGUCCACAUCUCUUUCGUUCGAUCGAUCACCAUGGACGCCUUCAAGAUCGCUGAGAUCCAACGUAUGGAGCUCGGUGGUAACGAACCGUGGAAGUCAUUCUUCGAUGACCACAUCGUCACUCAGUCUGAAGGCCGUACAUUCGAAGAUUCCACCAUUAAAGAGCGCUACGAAGGCGAAGUAGGCGAGGAAUGGAAAGAGAGACUCUCCGCCAAAGUCGAGGGGCGAGAAUACGUCCCGGGACAGAAACCUCCCCAACCGAAGAGAAACCCGACCGUUGAAGCCGCCUCUUCGCGAUCAAGCACACCGUUGGGCCGGGCCUCUCCUGCGUCGCAUGAUGGAUUCGGAGGUAUGGACGGUGGACGGAAAGAGCGUAACGAGGCAUACUUUGCGAAAUUGGGCUCGGAGAAUGCCACUCGAUCGGACUCCGUUCCACCAUCGCAGGGUGGAAAGUUUACUGGAUUUGGUGGUGGUGUGCCAGUUUCUUCGGGACCGUCGAGAAAUACCUCCGGAGGAAAUAUUCCCGGUUUCGACGAUUUCCAGAAAGAUCCCAUGGCCGCCUUGACUAAAGGCUUCGGCUGGUUUACGUCUACCGUUGGAAAGGGUGCGAAGACGGUGAACGACUCAUAUAUUCAACCUACCGCUAAGUCGAUAGCGGAAUCCGACUUCGCAGCCCAAGCUCGCCAACAUGCUGCCCAAUUUGGUCAAACCGUCCAAGUUGGCGCCCGUGGAGCAGCUGGUCAAUUCCAACGAUUCGUAGAAGGCCCAGACGAGAACAGCGCCGGUCGUCGUCGCGCCGAACCCGAACGUAAAGAUUUCUGGGACGACUUUUCCAGCCUCGCGCAAGAGGACAAUCACCGUAGAAACGCCUCUCGGUCUAGCGCCAUCGGAACUGCAGCCAUGAAGCCCAGCCCUACCUCUAACACCAGCGCUGCGACAGGCAACGCAUCAUCAACGGCCGCGAAAGAAAAGGACGACUGGGACAAUGAUUGGUGA